AUGGGUUACCAUGAGCUUGUGCAGCUAUUUUUGGACAAAAAUGCAGACAUCCAUGCGCGAGAUAAGUCACAAAGCACGCCAAUAAUAUUGGCUGCAAAGAAUGGACAUGUCGCUGUUGUGGAGAUGCUUCUGAACAAGGGAGCAUGUCCAAAUGACAGCGACCAGAACGAUGCAACGCCUCUGAUCAUGGCCUCGCUGAACGGUCACAUAGGCGUUAUCAAUUACCUGGUUUCCAGUGCUGCUGACAUCAAUAUUGAUGCUCGGGAAAAGAAAGGGAAAACAGCCAUGAUUGUGGCAGCUGCUCAUGGCCAUGCAGAAGUCGUUUCUACUCUGUUGGGCAAACAAGCGAACAUCAAUGCAACAAACGAGCGGAAAAGAACGGCGCUGAUGUAUGCAGCAGAAAACGGCAAUCUUCCAGUUGUGGAAGUGCUGCUGGACAAUGGAGCCGAUAUUGAUGCAGUGAUCGAGACAGGACAGACAGCCCUGAUGCUAGCUGCGCGGAAAGGGCAUGUUGAUGUCGCUGACGCUCUUGCGACUGCGGGUGGAAAGGAGCACGUCGAUAUACAAGACAAGAAGGGCAUGACUGCAUUGAUGGCUGCGUCGCAAGAGGGCUGGGUGGAAGUUGUGAAGGUGCUAUUUAAGCAUGAACCUGGGGUCGACACCAUGGAUCAGGCAGGGAGGACUGCCUUGAUGGCUGCUGCAUACAGAGAAUUCUAUGGAAUUGUCAAAGUGUUGAAACAGAACGAUGCAGACAUGGAUGUCGUGGGCGUGAAUGGGGAAACAGCCCUUGUGGCGGCAGUUGAGCGAGAGAAUUGCGAAGCCGUCAGGCAGCUGCUAGAAUUGGGUGCCAAUCCUGAUGCUCCAUGCAAGAAUGAUGAAACCGCUCUUCACAGAGCGGCGAAGAAGGGUAACAGGGCAAUCGUGGAGAUCUUGCUGAGAAAAGAUGCUGACAAGAACGCCAGAAUGGUAGUAGAAGUCUUGAUGGCAGCCAUCAAAUCAAGGACUUAA